CUUUGUCUUGAACUUUCUUCCAUUGUCAUCAGCUUUAGUGAAGCCAGAGCUGAUGCUGAACAAAAGUCAUCUGAAGUCUAUGGAAUCCGAGAUUUAUCUGUUUUAAAUAAAUUUUAUUUAAACAUUUCAUUUAAAAAAUUAAGUAUUUUAAUAAACUAUUAAUAGUUUGGAAAUUAUAAUCCAUCAGUUGGGAUUACUAUUAAAAAAAAAAUGGAUGCAGAAGGUAUGUUCGGCUUCAUGCUUUUUACGCAUCAUAUGGCGGAUAAGUUGACACCUGGUGAAUUUUUACGCGAUGAUGAAAAACUUAUGAAAAAUGCUCUUCGAUGUGCAAAAAUUUUAACGCCUCCGAGCGUCAGUAACACCGGGGCAAAAAGUCCAACCAGGACCCAGAUUUUGAUUGACAAAGGAAACGCAGCUUUCAAGGCCUCACCACAUUCAUUGGAGACCAUUAAAAUCUAUACCGAAGCUCUAGCAUACGCGCCCGUUGAUUCACACCCGGAACUGAUGGCUAAAUGUUACGGUAAUCGGUCAGCAGUCCUCUGUAACUGCAAGUAUUACGAUUUUUCGUUGAAAGACAUCGACAAAGCCCUCAAAAUAGGGUAUCCUGAUCAUCUGAAAGCUAAAUUGUACAUUCGUCGAGUGAAAAAUUUACUGGCACUACAUAACGGCAAGAGUAAUGAACGGAUAAUUGAGGCUACCAAAGAUGCUCGCUACUGGAUAGACAAAAUAAGUGAUGCAGAAAUCAGGAAGAAGACUCAGGGCUCUUUGAAUGGUUUGAAAAAUCUUCAUCUGAAGUCCCACAAGAAGUUUGAUCCUACUUCAUAUGUGUCUGCGAUACGUGAUGACAACCGUCAAAUACUACGAGCUUCAAGUGCCAUCGCUCUGAAAUAUUCCGAGGAAUUCGGCAGACAUGUCGUCGCAACCAGAGACAUCAAACCCGGGGAGGCUCUGACCAUACAAAAAGUUUAUGCGUCAACUCUUCUGUCAGACAAUCGUUACACUCGUUGUUGGAACUGUUCCCGAGCAACUUGGUCAAGUGUACCCUGCAAUAAUUGCAGCAACGUCAUCUUCUGCGACGAAACUUGUCGCGACUCUGCUUGGAAUGAUUAUCAUGACAUCGAGUGCCGAGUUAUUUCCGCGAUGCCUCCUAUUUUUCUCAGAACUGAGUGUGUCUUGGCUAUAAGGGUCACCAUAAAAGCAUACAAAGAAGCUGGUAGUUUGCCUGCUCUGAAGAGAAAUCUCAUAAAAAUUGAUGUGCAUACAGAUCCACUGACUAAAGGCUUCACUAACAAUGUAUAUGAUGAGACAAAGUAUGCAAGUGUUUAUACAUUGAAAAGAGGAAUAAAUUCAAUAUCCGAGAGAGCAAAGUGGUCUUAUAUUGCUAGUCGCAUUCUGUACACUUUGUCCGAGACUACUGACAUGCUCGGUAACAAAAAGUAUGACAACUUCAAAGAUCUUGCAAAUGAUGAUCUAGCCGUUUUUUUGGGAGCAAUUAUUUUUAGAAACAUUGAAAUAACAGGAAACAAUGGCGUUAAUACGUCACUUCUGAAUAAUAUCCAGGACACAAUAAUCGAGCACUGCGACAUCCUGAUGCCAUUUUCAUCGAUUUUCAAUCACAGUUGCGAUGGCAGCGUAACACCAGCGAUCUUUCGCGACGUAAAUGUUUUUUUCUCAAUGGAUUCUAUAAAAAAAGGCCAACGAAUAUUAGCCAAUUACGGAAAAGAUUACGACUACAAGCAAGCAGUUACUGCAGACAGAAUAAAGAAUUUAAAAGAACGCUUUGGUUUCCGCUGCAAAUGCAUUCCCUGCGUAAAUGAUUGGAAUCCUGAUACAGUAUUUCGUUCUUAUCACAGCCUAUCGUUCCCUCCGUCAGUGCAAUUGAAGUUAACGAUGGUUGAGUACGAAGUUGAUCGUUUGAAAGGAAAAGUUAAGAAAUACUGUAGUCUUAUAAACAGCAUCCACUUGAGAGAAAUGAUUGAUUGGUUAUCGAAUGGUUUAAUUAUUCAUAAUAAACAUUACGAUCAACUCACUGCUGAAUCUGCCGAAUGGAAACAUUUGCUCGGAUUAAUGUACUCGAGAAUGAAGGACAUUACUUAUUGAUUUCAAUGAUACAUUCAUUAUUUUCGUUUUACUUAACGUUUUUUUUUUCAUUAUUUAAAGUGUUUAAAUAUCUUAUAACUUAUACUCAAUAUUACGAGUGUUUAUCCAUUUUUUGUUUAAGUCCUUGCGUUUAAAGUUUAAAUAAAGUAAAUUUUUCAUUAAAAAUUUAAAAAAAUUA